AGCUCGGUAUAGGAACAUUAGUGUCGUCCUCUAACAAUAGAAUUUUGUUUCCACUGGUUCCUAAUCAACAUAAACAGACAUCUUGGUACAUGACCAUGCUGAACUUUUGUUAUAUGAUUGUUGUUGCCUGCAGCAUAUACCAUGUAUCAAGUGCAGGAAAACUCACUCGGCAAUGUAAGGAAUCGUACGGAAAAUGCGGAGUUACCACAGAUGUAAGUUGUAAUAGAAUGUUUGGUCCUGGAUGGGUAGAAAAGGGCAAAUGCAGUAAUUCAAGACCGUGUUGUGUCGAAUUUCAAUGUGGAGAAAUUCAACAUAUUCCAAACGGAAAAAUGACAAAAACUGGGACAGCUAUUGGUUCUACUGCAACUUUUUCGUGCGACACUGGUUAUGAGUUACGUGGGAGCCAGUCAACCACGUGCACUGAAAAUGGAUGGGGCCACCUUCCAAUAUGUUAUGGAAAAAGAAAGAUUUCAUCUUUAGACUUUAAAAUCUUAUAUUCCAUGUAUUUACAACAUUUCGUAUAUAAGUAACUUUAUUUUGAACAAAACACUCCAUACAUUUAUAAUUUUAUCAAAGCAUUAUGCAAUGUUAUGGUCAUGGUAUAAAUAUGCUAAUUUAUUAAUAUGGCAGAUACAUACAAAUAAAAUGCAGUCACAUAAAUUACAUACUUUACCGUACCUGUGCAAAACAAACACAAUGUGUAUUAGGAUAAACACAUAUUUAUAAAAAUAAACAAACGCGUAACUCGGUAACAAAAUGUAUGUGUCAGUUGAUUGUACCUAUGUUGUAUAAACGUUUAUAAACAGACAAAAUGCUGAUCGAUCAUUAACAAAACAUAUGAUACACCUGUGUAAAUUUAAAGUCAAUAUUUAACGUUGUUUUGGUUGAAUGUAGUUACAAAGGUGAAUGUUUGUAAAUCUGAAUUGAUAUUGCUUGCUUAUUGAACUAUAUGGUAGGUGUAAUAACAACCACAGUUGAGUUGCACCUUUAAUUUUUGUGAGGGAAGUUACAAGGAUGGGGAAGGUAACGAAGUCACCUAUGCAUAAGUAUUAACAGCAUGAUAACAGUAAACUACAUGAUAACAAUUGAUUGAUAUUACAGUAGGCAUGUGCGAUCCUCCUCUUUAAAAUAUUCCGCUUACGUUGAUAAAUAAAUCGUAUCA